UGUGCCAUUGGCUCCGGCAUCGCCGCCUGCGGGAGCCGAGCUCCGCGAGCAGGAGGGAUGGGAGCCGGCGGCUGAACGCCGCUGCGUGCCGCGGCCGCCCGGGCCCGGCCAUGUAACACCUCGGCCUCCUCCACCGGCUGCGGUGGAGGGCGAGAGCCGCUCAUGGGCAACGCGCACCGCAAGAGGAGCCCAGCGGGCGCCAGGGCCGGCUCCUCCUGGCUCUUCGGCCGCUCCGGGAAGCCGGGUGCAGGCGCUGCCAAGGGCGAGGCGGAGAAGCGGCUCAGUGUGCAGUACACAGCGGGAGAGGGAUGUCCCGACAACGUCUUCUUCCCCACCACGCGGCCCCCGCACCUCGAGGAGCUGCACAACCAGGCCCAGGAGGGGCUGAAGUCCCUGCAGCACCAGGAGAAGCAGAAGCAAACCAAAAGUGCCUGGGACCACGGGGACACCAACAGCCUCCAGUCCUGCGCAUCCUCGGAGGAUGACAGCGCGUCCUUCCGGAGCCGGGCGGCCUCCAGUGCCAUGGACAGCACCUCCGAGGAUGCCCUCUCCAUCCGCUCCGAGAUGAUCCAGAGGAAAGGUUCCACCUUCCGCCCGCAUGAUUCCUUUCCCAAAUCCUCGGAGAGGGCUGGCAAGAAGAGGAAGGAGAGGAGGACGACGGUGCUGGGCAUCCCCCAGCAUGUCCAGAAGGAGCUGGGUCUCAGGAACAGCCGGGAAGCCAAGGGGUGCACCGAGGCUGAUGGGCACGGGGGCAGCCGAGCAGCACAGCCCCUGCUGAACGGGGGGCAGAUCUCCGGCGACGCCGUCCGCAUCCCCACCAUUGACGGGAAGCUGGAGCCCGUUCCCGGGGGAGCCCGCGUCUGCCUGGGAGCCUUGGAGGAGGCAGACGCGGCGCUGCAGAAGCACAUCAACCGGGUUUACUACGACGACACGUUGCUGGGGAGGAAGACGGCGGCCAAGCUGUCACCGAUGGUGAGGCCGAAGUCUCUGGCCGUGCCGGGCAUGACCACCAACACCAGCCCCCCGGAGCUGCUGAGCCCUGUCAUGUCCAUCUCCCCCCAAGGCACCUACAUGUCCAAGAUCAUCCCCAACGCCAUCCUGCCGCCCAUGGUGGACGUGGUGGCCCUGACGCGCAGCAGCGUGAGGACGCUGAGCCGCUGCAGCCUGGUGUCCUCCAGCCCGGCCUCGGUGCGCUCCCUCGCCCGCUUCUCGGAGCGCAGCGCCCGCAGCCGCGAGCACUCUUCCUCCAGUGACAACUGGAGCCACUCGCAGUCCACCGAGACCAUUGUGUCCAACAGCUCCACCAUCUCCUCCCAGGGGGGCUCCGAGCACCGGCAGCCCGAGCCAGGGCCGCGCAGCCAGGGGGAUGCUGCCGCUCGCUCCGACACCGACCAAGUCAGCAUCUACAGCUCCGCCAGCUUCACCAGCUCCUGCUCCAAGCCCAACACCGGCCCCGUGCCCGCAGCCCCCCGGCUCUUGGUGGUGGCGGGGAGCAGUGGCCGGGCAUCCCCUGCCUAUAGCACAAGCAGCCAGGCGGAGGGCUCGGACACGGGCAGCCUGGCCAGCGAGCGCUCCUCCGCACGCAGUGUGUCCCUCAGGAAGAUGAAGAAGCCCCCAGCCCCACCUCGCAGGACCUAUUCACUGCACCAGGCAGCCGAUGGGGAGCCCAAGGUGCUGGGGUUGCCCCCCAAGCCUGACCGGAGGUCGCAGCGGGAGAGCAGCGCGCCCUGGUCCCCGCGCCCCGAGCCCUUCAGCCCUGCAGCCGAGGAUGAGGUCUUCUCCCCAUCGUCGCUGAGUGAGACCAGCAGCCUCCGCUCCGAGAGCCUGGCUGGAGCCAGCUCCCCCGAGGCGUCGCGGGGCAGCCCCGGGGUGACGGUGGUGCUGAGGGAGCCGCAGGCUCAGCCCAAGUGGAGCUGCCCCGAUGGCUCUGACCGCACCAUGUCCCCCUCCAGCGGCUACUCCAGCCAGAGCGGGACCCCCACGCUGCCCACCAAGGGGCUGGGACCCCCGUCUGUGUCCCCGGGCAGGGCUCAGCCACAGAAACCAGACCGGGUGUGCUCCCUGCAGUCACCUGCGCUCUCCGUGUCCUCAUCCCUCACCUCCAUCUCCUCCUCAGCCUCAGACCCGGCUCCCCCGGACACGCUGCCGUGCCGCUCGGACCGGUUCAUCAUCCCGCCUCACCCCAAGGUGCCCGCUCCCUUCUCGCCACCACCCACCAAGCCCCAGCAGCCCAUGGCUGGUGCUGCCUCCCAGUUGCCCUCCCCGGACCCACCAGUGCCCAGCGCUGCCCACCCGGAGCCCUCAGCCAAGCCCAGCACCAAGUCUCCACCGCCAUCACCACCUCCUGCCUACCACCCGCCUCCACCGCCGGCAAAGAAGGCAGAGGAGCCCCCCGCGGCCACCAGCGAGGCCCCCACUGACACUGCCUGGCCCCCGCCACCGCCGCCGGCUCCCGAGGAGCACGACCUGUCCAUGGCAGACUUCCCCCCUCCGGAUGAAGCCUGUUUCUGCAGCCCCCCCGAUGCGGCGACCGCUGUGGUGUCGGGGCAGAAAGCGGCACCGAGCACGGAGGCUGCUUCCUCCUCCUCCUCCUCCUCCUCCUCCACCGCAUCCUCACGCAGCCAGCAGCAAACCCCCAUGGCCGCAGCAUCGCAGCCGCCUGCCCCUGCUCUGUCCCCUCCUGAGGCCACGGUGCCACCACCGCCACCACCUCUCCCAGUGCCCUCAGCUCCAGCUCCGCUGCCCCUGAAGAAGGUGGCCAACGGCCUGCGGGCAGACACCAAGAAGGAGCCGGUGCUGCGGAGCAAGAGCAGCCCCGUGGCCAAGGAGGACGCCAGCCUGCCCAUCGUCACACCCUCGCUGCUGCAGAUGGUGCGGCUGCGCUCCGUGAGCGUGGAGCCAGCCACCGGCACCGCCACCGGCACCGAGGAGCGCCCGGCACUGCAGAAGCCCGUCCGCCGGGCUCUGUCCACGCGGCAGCCCCCUCCUGCCGCAGCCGCGGUGCCUUCGAGCCAGCUCCAUCACGCCGUGCACCUCAAGGCCGCUGCUUUGGCCGCCGGGGAGGCUGCGGAGAAGCCGGUGAGCAGCCGAGCGGCGCCGCAGGGACCCGAGGGCCCCACCGGUGAUGGGCAGCUCUCCCCCAGGCACAAGUCGCCAGCCUCCACCGCCAGCUUCAUCUUCGCCAAGAGCUCCAAGAAGCUGGUGCUGGAGACGGCCUCGUCCCCCGAGGCGCAGGCUGACCUCAAGAGGAACUUGGUGGCCGAGCUGAUGAAUUUGUCGGGGCAGCGCUCGGCUGCAGCUCCGCAGGGCCCCGGCAAGGCUCAAGCCCACCGAAAACCUGGCAAGAUCCCCCCUCCGGUAGCCAAGAAACCUUCACUGGGUCCAGGGCCGGCUCCUUCCCCGCUGAGCCCAAAGGCGCUGGGGGCAGAGGCACUGGGAUGCCCUGUGCCGGAUGGGAAGGCCAAGGGGGUGCCGGCGGAUGAGAGCAGGACUAAGAGUGAGCCGAUGGGGACGGAGGGCAGGAGCAGCACGGAGCCACCGGCUCAGCACCUCCCCACACAAGAUGGACGGGGAGAGACAGCCUGAAGGACGGAGCCGCAGGACUGGUGCCCCCGUGGACAGGAAUCCAAAUCUCUCAGGGACCUGGGCAGGUCAAUGGAUGAGUGUGGAACUGUCACCUAACUUAAUACAGGAAGCAAACAGCCUUAGCCUCCACGGCCUUGAUGAUAUUUAUGCAAAAAUGGUGUUGGUUUCACUUUCCUAAGUACUACAGCUUUACUUUGCUUUCGUUUUUUACUGGACUCGAGGCCCGUGCCCGGAGCCAGCACCUCCUCCCUGCCACUGCCGCUUGGAGCAGAGACAGGAGCACAGGGGCCGAAGAUGCUGGAGCCGCUCUGCUCCCGGCCAGCGAGGAACUGAAGCACUUUGGACAAGGGAAUGGGAAGGCUUUGGCCACGGCAGUGCCUGAGGGACACGGGCAGGAGCAGCAGGAUGGGAUGGAGGCACUGGUUGGGAGGGACCAGGGCCCUGAUGGAAAGGCAAGAGGAGCUCUUGGCCAGCACUGAUCACUGGCUGCAGGGUGGAGGGGGAGCCCCUUGGGGCCCCAGGGUAAAGCCUCGCUUUCUGUUUCUGUAAGCUCGGGUCAUGUUUUGAUUUCUUUGAUUGUAAAAAACCACCAACCAAACCAAACCAAACCAAACCAACCCAAACCCAACCCAAGCAAACCAAACGCAACCAACCCGCUGCCGAGCGGCUGCUCAGAGCUCUGUACCUGGCUGGUAAAACUGAUGAGCGAA